UGUCAGCUGAGCUCAGAAAGUAAACAGAUUUCCAGACUGCAGCAUGCUGUCUGCGGGACGGGGACUGCAGCUGGGGCAAACCCACAGGGGCACCCACACAACCCCCUGGACCAGCACCUUUAUCUCUGGGAAGGAGGGCUGGUUCCUCUUCAUCACCCUCUUCAUCCUCAUCUUCUUACCCCAGGGUAGUGCCUGGCCCUACGAUUACAGGUAUUUAUACAACCACUGCCCAGGCCCAGAGUGGAACGUAAUGUGCAGAGGCUGCUGUGAGUAUGAUGUGAUCCGCUGUAAGUGCCCUCUGCAGGGGACGCCGGUGGGCUACGCAGUGCCCUGCUGCCGCAACGCUAUCAAUGAGUGUGAUCCCUGCAUCAUUCAUCCAGGUUGCAGUAUAUUUGAAAACUGUAAGCGCUGUAACAAUGGGACAUGGGGGCCCAGGGAUGACUUCUUCAUUAAUGGCAAAUACUGUGCUGAGUGUCGCCCUGGCUGGUCUGGUGGAGACUGCUUGAAGUGUGGAGGGGUGAUCCGGAAACGGCAGGGCCAUUUGGUGCUGGAGAGCUACCCCAACAAUGCUCGCUGCGAAUGGACCAUACAGGUGGACCGUCCCUUUACUAUUGAACUAAAGUUCAUGAUGCUGAGUCUGGAGUUUCACCAUUCUUGCCGCUAUGACUACAUAGAGGUCCGGGAUGGUGACAGCAUCAACGCAGGUGUUAUCGGUCGAUACUGUGGGAACAGCAGACCUAUCCCGAUUCAGAGCUCUGGCAACAGUCUGCACAUCCUUUUUGUGUCUGAUGGCUACAAGAACUUUGAUGGAUUCUUUGCAACUUUCCAGGAGAACUCAGCAUGCAGCUCCUCUCCGUGCCUGCACGAUGGGACUUGUAUCCUGGACAGUUCUUACACAUACCACUGUGCCUGUCUGGCUGGCUACACAGGCAAGAGAUGUGAAAAUGUGGUGGGCUGCCAAAGGCCUCCAGUCCCCACCCAUGGAUCCACUGAAGGUUUGUUUCAUCACUCUGGGGCACGCAUCACUUUCCGCUGUGACCCUGGCUUUGAGCUGCGGGGGAUUCGUACCGCCAUCUGCCUGAAUGACGGCUCCUGGAGUGCGCCUGCCCCAAAGUGUGUGCCAGUGGAAAGAGUCUGUACUUUACCACCAAAGCCAGAACAUGGGGAUCACUUCCUGGUUUUUGGACCCAAUGAUGUCCUCAUUGCUCUGCAGUACCUGUGCUACCAUCCCUUUGGACUCAGCGGGGGUUCCCAAAGAACAUGUCUGCCAAAUAACACCUGGAGCGGGCCUCCUCCUGUUUGCACCAAAGUGAAUAAUACUCUUACUGAAUCAGGAAAGGAAAAAGACACAACAAAAGACAAAGAAACCAAUAUCUACAGUGACAAAGACAUCAUAAAAGCUAAAGAGAAAGGUCAACAGAACACAACUGAAGAAAAAGACAGUGUAGGAGGGGGAGAUAUAAACACCGGGCACAAAAACACCACAGCAGUCAACGGAGAAGAUAAACACACUGGUACCAUUCCAGAGGAAACUGUGGAUGAGGAUAGGACUAAAGAAGAGCCAGAGGAAAGAAAUACUGGGUCAGAAAAACCCACAGGAGGAAGUAAAGAUAAAGAGGAUAGUGAAGACUCAGACAGAAGCUUGAACACAGUUGAAAAGAAUGAACCUGAGGUACAAACGCCGCCGCCUGAGAAAAAAGAAGACACAAACUUGGAUAUAGGAAAGACAGAUAUCACAGAAAUAGUUGUGAUAAAAGAUAAAGGACAGGAAGAGAAGGAGAGGAAGGAAGAACAGGUGAAUGGAAAAAGAGAUUCAGACAAAGUGGGCCCAAAUGAUACAAAGCAGAGGACGGUCAUAUCUGAGGGUGAUAACACUGUGGAGAUAUUUGAACUUGAAAGGACAAAGAACAGCACAGUUCUACAAGGUACGAAAGACAAAACGGCAGAAAACAAUACCAUAGUUUCUCUGGGGAGGAAAAUCAUUCCUACUCGUGUUAACAUUACACAGUACACCAUGUACAGAGCAGGAGGUGAGGAAAGUGGGAGAGGAAAGGAAAAACCAACAAUCAAAGAGGACAAGAAAGAGGAAAAGCCUGCUGAGAAAACAAAGGAAGAGUUAGAGAGAGAGAAAGAAAAAGAAAAGGAGAGAGAAAUCAACCAAAGUGAUGCCGACAAAAGCUGCCCUCCUCUCCCUCGCCUCUACCAUGGCCACCACCAGCUGGUUCCGGGAGUUAAACCAGACACAGUGGAGUUUUUCUGUAACCACUCCUAUGCCCUCAGUGGUGACACGCAGCGUACCUGCCAGCCAGAUGGUACCUGGAGCGGCAAACAACCUCUCUGUGUCCGAGCAUGCAGGGAGCCCAAAGUUUCUGAGCUGGUUAAACAAAGAGUUCUGCCCCCUCAGACACCAUCCAGAAAAACACCUGUGCAUAAGUUCUACUCUACCGCUCUGGGCCGGCAGCUGCAGUCUGACGACCCCUCUAAAGGGCCUCCUAUGCUCUCCCAGUUGCCUCAGGGCUUCCACCACCUUUACACUCAUAUAGAGUACGAGUGCACGUCUCAGUUCUACCAACACUCUGGCAGCUCUCGCCGCACUUGCCUCAAAACUGGGAAGUGGAGCGGGCGUCAUGUGUCUUGUUCACCAGUAUGUGGGAAGCAUCCAACCUUUGACCCAGAGAGGCCUGCGGAGGCUCACUGGCCUUGGCUGGUAGCCAUCUACCGCCGCUCUACCAACCGAGCGCAAGAGACAAAGGUGACCAAGACGGACAGCCAAGUGGGGUCCCUGAAGAAGAACGUUGGAGCAGGAAAUGGUAACCACAACCAGGCCUCUGACUGGCAGUUGGUGUGCAGUGGGGCUCUGGUGAACCAGCGCAGCGUGGUGGUGGCUGCUCACUGUGUGACAGAGCUGGGGAAGGUGUAUCCUUUGGAUGCAGCCAAGAUCAAGGUGGUGGUGGGGAAACACUACCGGGACGACCUUAGAGAAACGAAAGGUCUCCAACACCUCAGGGUGGGCUCCAUUGCCGUACACACAAACUACGACCCUUAUAUCCUCGACUCAGACAUAGCCGUGGUAAAAUUAUUUGACAAAGCAAGAAUUGGGGAGAAGGUUUCACCUCUCUGCCUCUCUGACAGCCAAGGAGAAGAGGUAACCAUGGGACAGGGGCUCGUGACAGGCUGGUCCCCUCUUCCUGAUUCAAAUUUAGGCCUUGACGAGAGGGCGAGGGUUGGCCUAGUCCACCUUGCUGAUGUAGUUCCCUGUGAGCAGCAGUAUGCCCGCAACGGUGUGCCAGUCAGUGUCACAGACAAUAUGCUUUGUGGCAGCCAGAAGCCUGACUAUGGGCCCUCUAAUAUAUGUCCCUCUGACACUGGGGGGAUCCUUGUCCUUCCUGCCCACUCCGACAACCAAGCCAUCUAUGACCAGAGGCCCUCUGUUGGUUUAACACAGGUGCAGAAGGAGAGCAAAGGACUGUGGAGUCUCAUGGGACUGGUGAGCUUUGGCUAUGACCAAGGGGAGUGUAAUCCUGACCUAUACACAGUCUACACACAUGUAGCAAACUUUAAAGACUGGAUAGAGAGCAAUCUGAAGUAAAAAAUCCUACUGGCUGUAUCUUCUUCUUCCCAUCUGCUUCUAAAAAACGCCCUCGUAUCUUACAGUCCUUUUGUUUGUUUGUUUUUCAGCAGCUUUAAUCUUGUUUUUCCUAGCGUUAUGCACAAGGGCAUUUUCUUUCUGAAUCCAGCAGCAGCACUGGAAACACUGGACAAUACAGUGCUCUAACUGAAGGGGGUGCUAACACAUUAGAUGUGCAGGGCAUCAGAGGACUUCAGUACUCAGGUCUCUAAACCUGAGGUUACAGACUUGAAAAUGACCAGAAACCAUCCAAAGCUUUUAGCUGAUGAUGGUUUUUAAUUUACCCUUUGGUAUGUAUAUAUGUUGUAAUGUACUGGAUUAUGCAAUCGCUUCAUAUGACUAAAGAGAUGUAUAUAUUGAAUGAAAUGACAGACAAAUCAUGACGUUUUUUUUAAUUAAAGAAAAAGUGGGUGUGGUAAA